AUGGCGCAGCAAGGAAAUCAAGCACACAAGGUGAAAUUCUGUUGUUCGAUGUGUUUGGAUCUACUGAAGGAUCCGGUGACUAUUCCCUGUGGACACAACUACUGCAUGAACUGUAUUAAAACUUUCUGGGAUGGAGAAGAUAAGAAGAAAAUCUACAGCUGUCCACAGUGCCAAAAGACUUUCAAAUCAAGGCCUGAACUUGUGAAAAACACCAUGUUAGCAGAGUUAGUGGAGGAGCUGAAGAAGACCGGACUGGGAGCUGCUCCUGCUGAUCACUGCUAUGCCGGACCUAAAGAUGUGGCCUGUGAUUUCUGCACUGGGACAAAGCUGAAAGCCAUCAAAUCCUGUCUGGUGUGUCUGGCCUCUUACUGUGAGCAACACCUUCAGCCUCACUAUGAUUCUCCUGCUUUUCAAAAACAUAACCUGGUCGACGCUUCUGCUAAACUUCAGGACACCAUCUGCUCUCUUCACGAUGAGGUGAUGAAGAUUUUCUGCCGCACUGAUCAACAGUGUAUCUGUUUUCUCUGCUCCAUGGCCGAACAUAAAGGCCAUGACACAGUCUCAGUUGCAGCAGAAAGGACUGAGAAGCAGAAGGAGCUCAGAGCGAGUCAGCAAAAUAUCCAACAGAGAAUCCAGGACAGAGAGAAAGUUGUGCAGGAGCUUCAACAGGAGGUGGAAGCCAUCAAUCAAUCAGCUGAUAAAGCUGUGGAGGACUGUGAGAACAUCUUCAUUAAGUUGAUCCGUCUCAUCCAGAAAAGAAACUCAGAUGUGAAGCAGCAGAUCAGAACCCAGCAGGAGACUGAAGUGAAUCACGUCAAGGACUUUCAGAAGAAGCUGGAAAAGGAGAUCACUCUGCUGAAAAGGAAAGACACUGAACUGGAGAAGGUCUCAUGCACAGAGGAUCACACCCAGUUUCUGCAAAAAUACCCCUUUCUGUCAAGUGUUGAGAGAUCUGCAGGCUCUCCCAGAACCAACAUUGAUCGCUUGUGGUACUUUAAGCACGUGGUUGCAUCUGUGGCAGCGGUCAGGUAUAAUCUGCAGGCCAUUCUUAGUGAGAAAUGGCCACAAGCAGAGCCGAAGAAAAGAGCAGAGUUCUUAAAGUGUUCAGGUCAGAUCACACUGGAUCCAAACACAGCAAAUGAUUGCCUGGUUUUAUCAGAAAGGGACAGAAAGAUAACAUAUAAUGUUAAAAAUGAACCAUAUCCUGAACAUCUAGAAAGAUUCAUUCACGCAUCUCAGGUCCUGAGUAAAGAUGGACUGACUGGACAUUGUUAUUGGGAGGUGGAGAGGAGCGGGAGCGUUGGAGUAGCAGUUGCAUACAAGAGUAUUGGUAGGUCAGGGGACUUUAAUGCAUAUGCGUUUGGAUACAAUGAUAAGUCUUGGGCUUUACGAUGUGACACUGCAUACACAUUCAGACAUAACAAGAUCUCAACUACCAUCUCAGGCCAUCAGUCCUCAAAAAUAGGAGUCUACCUGGAUCACAGUGCAGGUGUUCUGUCCUUCUACAGCAUCUCUGAUACGAUGACUCUCAUCCACAGAGUCCAGACCACAUUCACUGAGCCUCUCUAUGUUGGACUUUGGCUUUGCUCUGAUGGACACACUGCGAAGGUUUGUAAGUACAAGUAG